AUAUAAAGAUAUUGUCUCUCCCUCCCCCCCUCGCUUGGUCCUCUCUCUCCAAUCUGGAGAAACCAAAAACACUGUCUUUCUGUUCGGGUCAUGCUAUUCGGAUCCUAUUAGAUCCGGAUUAAAACCAAUUUCUGAUAACCUGAACCAGAGUCAAAGAUGACGAGGCGGUGCUCGCAUUGCAGUCACAACGGGCACAACUCCCGGACUUGCCCCAACCGAGGGGUCAAGUUGUUUGGGGUCCGAUUGACUGACGGGUCGAUCCGGAAAAGUGCUAGUAUGGGUAAUUUAAGUCACUAUACUGGGUCUUCUAAUGUGGGUGGGCCCCUCACUUCCGGUCCUAACAAUCCCGGAUCACCAGGUGAUACCCCUGAUCACGGUAUUGCCGCCGCCGCCGCCGGUUAUGCUUCUGAGGAUUUCGUUCCUGGGUCCUCUUCGAGUCGUGAGAGAAAGAAAGGUGUUCCAUGGACUGAAGAGGAACAUAGGAUGUUUCUACUAGGUCUGCAGAAGCUUGGUAAAGGUGACUGGCGUGGAAUUGCUCGUAAUUAUGUUAUAUCAAGGACACCAACUCAGGUGGCCAGUCAUGCUCAGAAAUAUUUCAUCAGGCAAAGCAAUGUGUCUAGGAGGAAAAGACGUUCCAGCCUGUUUGAUAUAGUUGCUGAUGAACCAGGAGACACUCCGAUGGAAUCACAGGACUUCUUGUCUACAAUCGAACAAGAGUCUGAAGCACAAAGUGAAAAUCCAGUGCCUGUCCCUCCUUUGGAUGAAGAAUGUGAAUCUAUGGAUUCUACCAACUCCAACGAUGGGGAACCCCCACCUCCUAAGCCAGAUUGCUCACAGUCUGCUUAUCCAGUAGUAUACCCAUCUUAUUUCUCGCCUUUCUUCCCAUUUUCUUUUCCAUUUUGGUCUGGACACAGUGCGGAGCCCACAAAGACAGAGACACAUGAGGUUCUUAAGCCAACAGCAGUGCAUUCAAAAAGUCCAAUCAAUGUUGACGAGCUGGUUGGCAUGUCAAAACUGAGUUUGGGAGAAUCUAUUGGCCAGGAUGGCCCCUCUUCUCUUUCCCAGAAAUUGCUUGAAGGGUCCCCAAGACAAUCUGCUUUCCAUGCUAAUCCAGCCUCUAACAGUUCGAGCAUGAACAGAAGCAGCAGCCCAAUCCAUGCAGUUUAAAGGCAGCUUUGCUGCGAUUGAAAUCGUAGGUUAGCUCAGUGCUGAUGAGCUUCACAAUUUACAUUCUAUAUCAGACUAUAACGUGCAGGCUGGUUUGGGUUUACAUUCUUUUGUGGGAUUCUUGUAAUAAUGUUGUUCUUUUAAGUUCUAGCAUUAACUUGUUUAAGUUAGUCUUAUGUAGGCUGUUAGCAUCUUGUCUAAAGUUAUUUGAAUCUUUAACGUUCUCUGUGCA